UANUUUUUUUUUUUCGCAAUUGAAGAACAGAUGUACAACGAGUUGUUUUCACACAAGCUUUUAUUUUCCACUGGGUCGAUCGUCGCGAGUCAAGCUGGGACCUGAUUGUGUGCAACAACAAAAUUAUUCAUUUAUUUUUGCUUAAAGACGACUCGUCGCCAGCACUGAUUUCCAUUCAAUCUUGCGUCGAGAAUCAACGUUGUUGUAUUAAGCAGCUUGCCGACCACAAGGCGACAGGUCAUUCCAGUAUGGCGAUCGGCGAGCGGGUAGCUUGAAGCCUUAAGUGUUGAAGAACCGAAAACCAACGUUUCAUGAUGGUGAAACAAGGACAGAAACCAGGCCAAAAGACAGGCAUUUCGAUCCAGAACACGAGUACUUUGACUCGAGGACAUAUGAAAAUAAGAGUUUUCACUGGCCUGGCGGGAUCUCUCCAGUCUGUGCAUAGAAAGAAGGCGCAAAAUCUGAACUUGAGCGAUUACAGCAAACCAGGAUCCAAACGGCAUUCCACUCUAAUAACAAACAGUGAGAAUGAGACGUUUACUCGCGUACGCCGAGACCCUAACGGGGUCAAACUGCCCAUGUCACCAAGCGUGGCAAUCAAUCACUACGGAGACAAGAUGACCUCGUUCGAGCAGUCGCAAGAGAUUCGUGAUUUCCCGGACGUAUGGUUUCUUGGUUUGGAGGCGAAGAAGAUUGAAGGUGUCCCUGGCGCGCCUCAGAAUAACGGUUAUGAUGACGAGAAUGGCAGCUAUCUGAAGGCGUUACACGACCACCUAGUGUACAGAUAUGAAGUAUUGGAGGUGCUUGGCAAGGGUUCGUUUGGCCAAGUGGUCAAAGCGCUGGAUCACAAGACUGGACAACAUGUCGCCAUUAAAAUUAUUCGUAACAAAAAGAGAUUUCAUCAGCAAGCUCUAGUGGAGGUUAAAAUUCUAGAACACUUACGUAAAAAGGAUAAGGAAAACAGUUACAAUCUCAUACACAUGAUAGACUAUUUCUACUUCAGGAAUCAUUUGUGCAUUAGCUUCGAACUCAUGGGGAUGAAUUUGUACGAAUUAAUAAAAAAGAACAAUUUCCAAGGAUUUAGUCUCGCGCUUAUAAGAAGGUUUGCUUAUUCGUUACUCCAGUGUCUUAGAGUGUUGUACAAGGAGAAAAUUAUCCACUGCGAUUUAAAACCGGUAAGUGACUUUGGUUAUUUCUUGUUACAGCGAUUUCCAUUAUCCACUGGUGCAAGUGUAAGCUUGUAUGGUGUUUGUAUUUUGUAGUAAAAAAUCCGAGUGCAUGUUAAGUUUGAGUUUCUUGCUUCAGGUAUUCCGUACAACAUGGCCAUUGACAUGUGGAGUUUAGGGUGUAUUCUUGCCGAGCUGUACACGGGAUACCCUUUGUUUCCUGGUGAGAAUGAAGUGGAACAGCUAGCGUGUAUUAUGGAGAUUUUAGGUAAGCCACCUUCAAAUGUACUUGAACCAGCUGGAAGAAAAAGGCUCUUUUUCGAUUCCAAAGGAAACCCGCGCAGCAUGACAAACUCAAAAGGAAGAAAGCGUCAAGUGAACGGCAAAGAACUCAGCGCAGCUCUGAAAACAAACGACGCGUUAUUUGUGGAUUUUAUCAAUCGCUGCCUCGAUUGGGAUCCAGCAACUCGUCUGACUCCUGAUGAAGCCUUCCACCACGAGUGGAUACAGGAGGGACGCCAAAGACAUCGCGGGACAUCCCGCUUAACGUCCCGACACCAGGCUUCUGCGGAUGCGCACAACUCUUCGGAGACGAUAUCCAAAGGAAGUACCACAAUUAUAGCGGAACCCAGCAAAGCGCAUGUUGAGGGCGGCUGGACCAAACGAAGCGCGCGAACGCGGGAAAGAUUGCAGCCAAUAGGAGCUGACGCCACGCACACUGCGCCACACGACAACAACAACAAUGUUACCAAACAACAGCCGGAGACUGGGACUGAGCCCAAGGGGACAGUGGCACCGACUGCCAAGACGAUUUCGUCCGGGGUAGUGAAAGAGAAGGAUAUUGCAGAAGAGAGAACUACGGAGGAAGUGACUGUCACGGAGGGAGGACAGUUCUUGCCUCCGAUCAAAUGAUUCAAUGGAUUUAAAGCGUUUUUAUGGGGUAUGAAGCUGAAAUUCAGUUUAAAAUUAUGAUGUAAACGCGCCACAUUCGAUCUAUCAGAAUUCAAUAUUGGUUCACAAGUCACAAAUCUCCAUUGCCGGCGUUCAAACAAUGAUAGCUCUUACUUCAUAAGUCAUGCUAUAAGCUUUUUCAUACACAAGGUGAAGACAAUUUCCAAUGUGUGAUUCAAUUUUUUUACAUACUAUAAUUUUUCUGUGUAAAAAUCUGUGACCUUUUUACUGUUCAUAGCAUACUGAGCUAUGCACCCUUAACAGUUUAAAUCUAGAGUCUAUGCAAUAUCAGAUUUACAGGUGAUGUUCUCAGAAUCGAUAUACGAUUUUGAUAUUUUGAAUGUGCUGUCGACACUGAUGGUUUUUAUUUCAUAGAAGUAUUUAAUUUUACAUGUAUUUCUAUUCGAACAUGAUAUGUUCAGAUUGUAAAAAGAAAAAUCGACAUUUGUAAAUUAAUCCUCGUUGUGAUAAAAUAUUCCGCAUGAAACAUUUUCUCGCCUUCGACAUAAAAAUUAAAUCGUUGGCAACUCGCCAGCAGGUUAGAAAUCUAACAGAAUCUAAGUUCAUGUACAGAAAAGUUUUACAAUGAAAUAAGCGGUAUUGGUAUUCUAUUUUUACGGCUCAAAUUCCUAGCAGAUUCUUACAGUCAAGGGUUUUUGAAAAUUGUGUCAAAGUAGGCAAAAAAAUAAUUUGCAGUUUUCGUAACCAGAGAAGAGGAUAAAACAUUCGGAUAAAUUUUAUGGUCGGUAGCACGCCGACACGAGCAUAUUGUUUGACGUUUGGCGAAGAGUGCGUUAUUUUUUACGAAACUGACUUUGAAUUUAAGAGUGAAAAAAAAUUGUGAAUUUAAUUUUAAUAUAUGAGUGUUUUGGUUAUUUAUUUUACUAAUUCCUUGAGAGGUGUUUUAAUAUAUUUCAUGAAUUGUUUUUAAAUAUUUUUAUACAGCAUUUAAUGACAGAAAGAAAAUACGAGUGAAUAUUAAGGAGUGAAACCAACGCAGUUUGCAGUCGAAAACACGGUUAUUUUCUAGCCCGGAGAAAACAUCAAAAUGUUUAGGGUUGAAUUGAGAUGUAUUUAAGUGAAUAGGAUCUUCUGGAAAUGAAAUAGCGAAAAUUUCUUGUUGAACUUUCAAGCUCCAAAUGUGAUCAACCAGUCGGUUCUCCCAAUAAUAUCAAAACGAGAUUAAACAGGCAAGUAGGGAGAAUUGAACAAAACGAAGGAUCAUAACAUUUCUCUGACAUUAACAUUUAAACGAAAUCUAAUAAGAAAUGCAAAACAGUAAAAUAGCAUGUUGAUAGUGGAGCUUGAAAGAUUAACAACUACAAACUAAUUCAAAAUUUAUUUAUAAACCGACAGUUAUUUAAUAUUAAGAUUAUAUUUAAACUACGCCAAUGGUUUCCAUGGUUACUUGUGCAUAUGACCCUUUUCAGCGACCAUAUGAAUCUUCUAGUUGUAACAAUUUUCACAACAGACUUUGCAGUGAAAGUUUUUCUAAGGAAAUAAUGUCCUGUCUCAGACAGGAUGAGAUUAAACUGUUAAUAACCGCG